AUGAGGGGACAUCUUCUCUGGCUGAUGGUCGGUCUCUCGUUUCUGGGGAGCCUGCUGAUCACUCUCGCCUGGUUCACGCUGGACAACAAAAAUGUGGAUCCUCACCGUCGACACCUUCAGCCUAAAGGUUCAUGUAAAAACUGCUGGGAAGAUAAAAAUAAAGUCAUAAAUGUUUGUUCUCAAACCUGGAAGAAAGAAGGCAAACACCAAAAAUCCAGUAAAGUGGAAGCUCAGCCUCCUGAAAUCAAAACCGCCCCUCAGGUGUCUGCUUCGUGUAAAGACUGCAGGAAAAAAAUCAAGAAAUUGUUGGAGUUUUACGUUCAAGACUGGAAGAAAGACGAACGCGACAGCCGAGAACUCAGGUCUCAGCUGAGCGGCCGGUGUAACGGUUCUGAGAAGGCCAUCGUCACCCAGACCAACACCCCGCUGGGAACCAAACUUGUUUAUGACGGGGAGAAGAAGAGAACCCACGAGGUGAACCAGGAGACGUUCAGCACCUUUCCAAACGAAAAUCCCUUCUCCAACAAAACAUGGCACACAUGUUCUGUUGUCGGCAACAGUGGGAUCAUGGCAAACAGCAGCUGUGGCAAAUCCAUCGAUUCGUCUCAGUUCGUCAUCAGGUGCAACCUGCCGCCUUUGCUCGACAGGUACGAGAAAGAUGUUGGCGUCAAGACAAACCUCGUGACGGCAAACCCCAGCAUCCUCUGGGAGAAGUACGGGGCUCUGAUGGGGCGUCGCAGUAUGUUUGUAGAAAAGUUGUGCCAGUAUGACAACUCCUUGUUGCUGCUUCCCGCCUUCUCCUUCAGUAAGAGCACGGCCAUUUCCAUCCGGGCUCUCUACACCAUCGAGGACUUUGGAAGUCCCAUCCAGCCCGUUUUCUUAAACCCAGUCUACCUUCAAAGUAUGGCCCUAUUCUGGCGCCCUCAUGGCCUGAAGGCACCACGGCUCAGCACCGGCUUCAUGAUGGUGAGCCUGGCGCUGGAGCUGUGCGAAAACGUGAACCUGUACGGAUUCUGGCCCUUCAGCGUUCACCCGUACAACUUCACAGACCUGACAAACCACUACUACGACGACAAGAAACCUAACGUGAAUAUCCACUUCAUGCCAGAGGAGUUUAAACUCUUGGUGAAGCUGCACAGUCAGGGUGUGCUCAGGAUGCACUUGGGGGACUGCAAACCAGAGAGUUUCAGCAAACAGAAAGAAAACCACUAA